AUGGACCGCCCUAUCUACGAAGAUGAUCUGACCACCAUCCAUGCCCGUCACGCCGCACCGCUUGUGCGACUACGGGACCGCGCGGCCAGCUCCCUUGUCUAUCUCAGCACGGCCACGGAUGAGGACAGGAUGCAAGCCGCGUUGAGAGACCUUGAGGAUGUGGCCACCACUAUCAGCUCCAUGUUCACCGACGGAGAGAUAAGCGAGCCAGAUGUCCCCUUUGGAGAGAUCAGAAUGGCUUGGAUUGGGAGCCUCAAACUGGGUGACUCCACGGAACGCCUUGGUCUCGACCAUGGGGAUGGACCUGAUAACGACGGUUCGAGCAGUCAUGUCAGCGUUUGCUCAGAGGAGUACAGUGAAGAAGACUCUGAUAGUGAAAUGGAGGGUGCGUCCUGGUCCGAGGACUGUGAUCCCGGGGUGAACUCACUGUCAUUGAUGGACCUUGCAAGUAAAUGGUAA